AUGCCCUCGUUCAAACACUUGAGCUUUCCAUACCUGGCCUAUAAUAUAUUCAAGAAUUGUUUUAUAGAAUUCGCAUCAGUAAUGCUAGAAUUAGUCAUUGCUGCUAUUAAUAUCCUUAACCAUAAGUAAUAUAGAGUCAAUUAAUCAGGUAAACAAACUACCCUAUCUAUUUAUAGUAUUGCAUAAGUCAGACUUAUGUUCUAUGCUAUACUUCCAGUAUUUUUCAAACUAAAUGCCUUCCAUUUUUCAAACUGA